GCACAUUCACAAAGAUCGAAAGCCAUGACGCAAUGCACUUUGGAUCGACGCAUCACCAUAUUUUCGCCAGCGGGGCGUCUGUACCAGAUGGAGUUCGCAGCCAAGGCAGUCAACAGGGAUAAUCGCACAGUGGUCGCCAUAGCGGGCGCCGACAGUGUUGUGAUGGUCGUGCAGCGGAAGCCGCUAUCAACCUUCGCCGUACCAGAGACUGCAACUCGCAUUUUCCGCCUCUCGGAUGUAUUGGGAUGUGCGGUGAUCGGACGCCAGGCCGAUUGCAAAGCGCAAGUGUACAGGGCCCACCUGGAGGAAAGCGUGUUCCGGAAGAGGUCCGCAAUUUCUAUGCCCGCCGACGUGAUGUGCCAGCGCAUGGCGGACAUCAGUCAGGUGUACACUCAGAACGUAACCAUACGUCCGCUGGCCUGUUCCAUGACCCUGAUCUCGUGCGACUUGCAGCGCGGUCCACUGAUCUAUAACACAGAUCCCUCGGCCGCUCCCAUUGGCUAUCACGCCUGCGUCUUCGGCAGCUCAAUGCGGCGGGGCAAUUACUACGUGGAUAGCAUGUACGAGUACAAUAUGAACGAGGUGGAGACAGCCAAGCUGGCCAUUAAAACUCUGGCCUUCGCUCUCGACAAGACUCUAGAGUCGAAGGACUUUGAAAUGGCAAUGGUCACCCAGUCGAAUCCCAAAUUCCAUAUCCUGACCGAAUCGGAGAUCGACACUCAACUCAUCCGCAUAGCCAGAUACCGAAAGCGCAAGAGGUGUUAAGCUGUACCCAUUCUAAGGGACUGUUGAGCCAAGGCUCAGAUUCAAUUAUAACGAUUAUCAGAAA